CUCCGAUUUACGAAAAGGUCGCGCAAGAUUAUUCCCAAGAGCCAGACGGUGAAGACAAAACACCAAUUAAUUACGAAGGUGGAAGAACUGAAGGAGAUUUUGUUAAGUUCUUGAAUGAAAAAUGUGGGAAGCAACGCCUUGUUGGUGGCUUAUUAUCAGAAGAGGCUGGUAAAAUCCCUGAAUUGGAGGCUUUGGUAGUAAAAUUCAAUAAUGCUCCUGGAAAAACAGAAAUUAGCAAGAUUAUCGUAGAGUCACAAGCAAUUGCUGAUAAAUUAAAUACUCGGCCGGCACAAUAUUACGUCAAAAUCAUGAAUAAGAUUGUGGAAAAAGAUGAUUAUGCUGAAAACGAGAUUGCCAGAUUAGACAAAAUAAUCAAGUCUGGUACAAUUUCUGGUAGUAAAAUUGAUGAUUUCACGAUUCGCAAGAACAUUUUGUCAGGUUUCCAUAAAGAUGGUGAUAAAGUAACUCAUGAAGAAUUGUAA